CUCAUCUUUCUCUUCGUCUUUAUUAUGUCUCCAAGUGAUACCGAAGGCAAGGAAAAAAUAAUAAAGCAAUAAUUUAAAAUCUUAACUUAGUUUUCUUGAGAAAAUCUUGCGUUGUGUACGGCCAAGAAUGACAACAGCAGCAGCAGCACUUCUAGUCUCUUCUCCCAUUUCCUCAGCGUCAAGUUUGGUGGAUAAGGGUCAGCUGAACCUGAGACACAUCCGUCGUCACUCUUGCUUUUCUUCUUCGCCCAUUUCUAAACCCACUUCUUCCUCUUCUCUUCAAAUUAGAGCUCUCAAGCAGAAAACAGACGAAAACGUUUCUGCUGAGGAAAUUACUAAAAAGUUGGGCCUCGAAGCUGGUCUCUGGAAGAUAUUCAGCUCAAAAGAUGAAGAAAACGAAGGUGGGGAAAAAAAGAAAUCAAAGGGAGAUCAAGCGAAAGAGCUGCUUACAAAAUAUGGAGGAGCUUAUUUAGCCACCUCCAUUACACUCUCUCUCAUCUCCUUUUCUCUCUGUUAUGUUCUAAUUAAUGCUGGUGUUGAUGUCCAGGCUUUGCUGCAAAAGGUGGGAAUCUCUGCUAGCGAGACAGGAGAGAAAGUGGGAACUUUUGCUUUGGCUUAUGCUGCACACAAGGCUGCGUCUCCAAUAAGGUUCCCACCAACGGUAGCUCUUACACCCAUAGUUGCCAGUUGGAUUGGAAAGAAAGUCGAUAAAGAAGACUAGGGUUGUCAUUCAGUCAGCCCCUUUUUUGUUUCUUUUUUUCUUUUUCAUAUUUACCCCUUUUAGAAUGUUAGAAACUCUUGUUCAAAAUACAUCAGUCUUAUCUGUUAAUCGUAGUAUUGCAUUAAUGUAAACUAUCUAUACUUGUGUCACAACACAAUCAUAUAAUACAAAAUUUUAUUGCCGCGUGCUCA